AUGUUGCAAAGCCCUUGGUCUUCAACUCAACAAAACCAUAAAUUGAUACUAAAAAUGCUUUCAGCUAUUUGCCAAUAGAUUUCUCAGACACCCGCAAACAAACUGAUCUCUACAUUUCCCGGUUGCUCCAGCAGAAAAUUAGGUGACCUCCAAGGUUUUCUGAUUUUCAAGCAAAUAACCAUGCUACGGAUUCUCUCAAAUUUGACCAGAAGCGGACACUGUGAUAAGCAGGGUUUACUCUGCUUGGUCAGUGUGAGAAAUGCAUCAACUGUUCCGGAAGCAAGUUUUGAGAGUCAGCCUUUCAAGCUUCAUCUGACAGAGGAAGGUCCCAGUACAACCACUAAAUGUUCACGCGAUGAUGCUCUGCUUUACUACAGACAGAUGCAAACCAUUCGAAGGAUGGAGACAGCUGCGGGGAACAUGUAUAAAGAGAAAGUCAUCCGAGGAUUUUGUCACUUAUAUUCAGGACAGGAAGCAUGCUGUGUUGGUAUGACUGCCUCUAUUCUGAAGUCUGAUGCUGUGAUCACAGCUUAUAGAGCUCAUGGCUGGACAUACAUGAAAGGUGUCUCUGUCACUGGAGUACUGGCUGAACUGACAGGUCGUAAGUCUGGCUGUGCUAAGGGAAAAGGUGGCUCUAUGCACAUGUAUGGAGACAAUUUUUAUGGUGGCAAUGGUAUAGUUGGGGCUCAGGUCCCAUUAGGAGCAGGGAUAGCCUUUGCCCAGAAGUAUAAUGGCACCAACAAUAUCACUCUGGCACUGUAUGGAGAUGGUGCUGCCAAUCAGGGGCAGUUCUUUGAAGCAGUCAAUAUGGCCAAGCUGUGGGAUCUGCCCUGUGUAUUUGUAUGUGAGAACAACAAGUAUGGCAUGGGGACAUCCGUGUCCAGGGCUUCUGCCAAUACAGACUACUACACUAGGGGACAGUACAUACCUGGAAUAUGGGUUGAUGGUAUGGAUGUGUUGGCAGUGAAGGAAGCCACACGCUGGGCUGCAGAGUACUGUCGCUCUGGCAAGGGACCUCUGUGUAUGGAAGUGGAAACGUACCGCUAUUCAGGACACAGUAUGAGUGAUCCUGGAACCAGCUACCGCACACGUGAGGAGAUUCAAGAAGUGCGCCAGGCAAGAGAUCCUAUCACCAAGUUCAGAGAAAAGAUUAUUGAGGCAAAUCUUGUCACCAGUGAUGAACUUAAGCAAAUUGAUGCUGAAGUUCGCAAGGAGGUUGAUGCUGCUGUACAGAUUGCCAAGACCGACUCAGAGCUCCCUGUGGAGGCCAUGUAUGACGAUGUCUACCACCAGGUGCCGCCAGGGUUCAAGAUAAGAGGGUGUGACAACCAGACAUGGGUAGAGACACAUGUCACACAACACUAGAGAUACUUGACUAUAAUUUCAGAGUAUGUCAUUGCUUAUUGUAAUUAGAUGAGAACUGUCAAUUUUACCAGAUACUUCUAUGGAUAAACAGCAAAUUGCUGUUAAGUUUCGUGCUGUGCAUAAUAAACUCUGCUGUAUACAUAUUUCCUCAGCUCAGAAAUGACAUUAUUAACCACUUACUCAGCAUUCUACUUUUGCUACUGCCUACAACUAAGAUCUGAGUUUUAUUAUUAUUUUGAUGAGUUGCCUUAUAUGGCUUAUUAAUAUUACUCAGCUGAGGACAUAUUCAAAGUGGUGCAGGUUAAACAAAAGCUAACAUGGAACACUGUAUUAAAAGACUGUGUCUAGAAUAAACAAAUUAUUUAUUAA